AAGGGACCCCGCCCCCGGCGCGCCCCAUGUCUGGCCGCGAGGGGGGGACUCGUUGGGCUCUUUGCCUCGUCUUUCCCCCCGGCCCUGGGGAAUUUGGUAACGUCCAUGGACCCCUUUGAUGGGAGGAGGUCAUGGCGCCCCCUGGCGGCGGCUUCCGGGGCGCGUGGGGCUCCCUGCUCUGUGUCCCUGCCUCGCUCCGUGCCUGUGUCCCUGCAUCCAUCCGUCCAUCCAUCCCUGCCUGCCUGCCUCCCGUCCCGCCUUUCAGCAGCCCUUUUUGUAGCAGCUGAUUCUAUUCCGCCCCUCUCCCUUUUUCCUUUGCGCCCGCUGCAGGGGCGGCGGGCCUGGCCGGGAGCAGGGCAGGCCGCAGCCAUGCUGCCCUCCUUCAGUUACGUGACGGAGCACACCGGCUUCCGCGGCACCAUCAAAAACUCUCCGAGAGACUUCCUUGUGACAGAGCUCGAGGUGCCCGAACUCUUCCUCAGGGACACCCGGGCUGAACUGCUCCAGAAGACCAGCGAAGCGCCGCCGGCACAGGGCAGCCCGUGCCCGCGGGAGCCCAAAAAGCGGAGGACGGAGCCCCCCGGGCCGGGUGCCCCCGAGUGCCCCCGGGAUGCUGCGCCCGGACCCCCGGGGCGCGGCCCAAGCCCGGCGGCGGGCUCAUCCCCCAGCAGAAGUGAGCGUGAGGGAGACCCCGAGCUGCAGUCCGGUCUCGGCGAGGCCCCUGUGCUGGAGUCCUUACUCGGCAAGCCCGUGAGCGAACUGCUCAGCAAAUUUGCUUGUGAUCUGAAGGAUACGUGGGGCUUGGAAACAAACACGGAUGCUGGCACUAGGGAGUUCUCGCUAGGACCCAGGUUGGACAAGAAAAUUCGAGCGGAUUUACACAGUGCUGUUAGGCAGAAAUUCCCCUUUCUAGUCACGAUUACAAGAGACAAAGAAAUUAUUGUAAAAGAAAAUCCUGAUUACAGAGAACUUUGUCAGUUAGUGACUGAAAAGGAAACAAGUGAUUUCUUUAAAUUUUUAGAUGCAAAAAUAGAAAGUUCUACAUUUUCCUUUGAGCCUGAUGGAAACAAAGAGCACAGAAAAAUAGUUCACCACUUUAUCAACAGAAAGUUUGGAAAGCUUUUAGAAACAAAAUCUUUUACUGUGACAGAUGUCAAUGAUCAGCCAAAUAUGUCAAUAAUGGUACGGUUUCGAGAAAAAAAUUGGUCCAGAAAAAGGUCUGCUGGUGGUUUUCAGGAGAAGCAAGAUGUUUAUACAGCUUUCACCCUUCAGAAAGAAAACCUAGAAACGCUAGAAGCAAUCAGCUUGUUGGCAGCUGAACUUGAUGUUCUUCCUUCAGACUUCAGUUACACUGGCAUCAAAGAUAAGAAGGCUAUCACUUUGCAGCCUAUGGUUGUGAAGAAGGUGACUCCUGAGAGCUUGAAGGAAGUUGGAAACAAAAUGGAAAAAAAGGGUAUGAAAAUAUACAAUAUCCGUCCAGCAUGCCAGCACCUCAGACUUGGUCAGCUGAAGGGCAAUCACUUUGACAUAGUUGUGAGAGAUCUCCAACACCACAGUCAUGACUCUUCUACAGAUCUGAAGGAGAGAAUAUCUGAAGCAAUGGAAAGUGUUGAGAUAAAAGGUUUUGUGAAUUACUAUGGACCUCAGCGAUUUGGGCAAGGACAAAUUGUUCAGACAGAUCAAAUAGGACUGGCUUUACUGAAAGAAAAAAUGGUGGAAGCUGUGAAGUUAUUUUUCACACCCGAAGAUAUUGAUGAUCCUGUAAACAAUGCAAAAAGAUACUUUCUUCAAACUGAAGAUGCAAAGGGCACGCUUGAGAUGCUGCCAGAAUUUAAAGUAAGAGAGAAGAUGUUGCUACGAGCUUUAAAUCGCUACGGUGUAAAUCAGGAAGGUUGUACCAAAGGAUGGCUCAGCAUUCCUCACUCGUUGCGCAUAUUCUAUGUCCAUGCUUAUUGCAGUAAAAUUUGGAAUGAAGCAGCAUCAUAUAGGCUGAAGACUUAUGGCUCAAAAGUGGUUGAGGGUGAUCUUGUCUUCAUGGAAGAAAAUGAUGAAAGCAUUUCCCUGAAUGACAAGGUUCAUGUAGUCACUGCUUCAGAAGAAUCAGCUAACAAAUACUCUAUAUACCAAGUGGUUCUUCCAAUGGUGGGACAUAGUAUCAAGUACCCCAGUAAUAAAGUUGGACAAUGGUACCAUGAAAGGCUUUCUAAGGAUGAGCUGGAGUUGUGCAAAUUCAGAGUGUCUCCGUUACAGCUGAAUAUACCUGGAUGCUACAGACUCAUUUUGAAAAAUGUUCAGAAUCUCUCAUAUUUUUUGGAAAGUAGUGAAAAAGAGAUCAAAACUGAGGACAACCAUCUGAAUGAUUUAAAACUCUCUCUUCAUAUAUCGUUUGACCUUGAUCCUUCAUGUUAUGCAACAGUCUGUCUGAGAGAAAUAAUGAAAUGUGAUUUUUAAGAUUCCACUUAAUGAAAGAUUGCAGGAAUAUUGUACAAAGUUGGUAUUUUACAUGUAAUGCCAAGAACAUAAGGGAGAAUAACAGGUUUAAGUCAUGAACAGGUAAAAUUUGUAGAUUUUGAUUCAUACAGAUAAGGAAAAAAAAAUUGCCAAAAUACUUUGAAAUAUUUCAAAAUCAUUCCAAACUCUAAAUGGAUUGAAUUAAUUGGAGUAAAACUCUUACAUCAGGCUGGUCUAACAGAACUUAAAGAAACCAUGGGCAGCCAGCAUGAAUUUCCUGUUUGUGUAGACAUCUGGCUUACAAAAAGCCCUGGAAAAGUAUGUGCAGCAAAAAAAUGUAUCUUGUAAUUCAUAGUAAUUUUGUAAAUGUUUUGUAAUAAAUUCUAUUCAAGCAAUAAUGUUACAAGUUUACAGCCUAAAAGUUUCUAACUAAAAAGUUGUUGUACUGAG